UGCUGAACUUUCCACUGUGCCCGAAAAAAACAUGGAGGAGACUUCCAUGAAAAAUAUUCAAAAUUCUCAAGAAUUUCCCUUCCAUUUUCUCCUCACAUUCAUUGGGGUCCUUCAAAUAUCGAAUCUUGACAAUCCUUCUUUCCUCUAAUGGCGGUUGCUGGAUUUUAUCGCAGAGUUCUUCCUUCUCCUCCCGCUGUUGAUUUUGCUUCUUCCGAGGGAAAGCUUUUGUUUACUGAGGCCCUUGGAGAUGGAACUAUGGAAGGGUUUUUUAGAUUGAUUUCUUACUAUCAAACCCAAUCAGAACCGGCUUAUUGUGGACUAGCAACUCUUGCUGUUGUUCUCAAUGCUCUUUCUAUUGAUCCCGGUAGAAAAUGGAAAGUUUUUAUUUUCUUCAGGACCAUGGAGAUGGUUUGAUGACACUAUGCUUGACUGCUGUGAACCUUUGGCAAAGAUCAAAACGGAUGGAAUCACAUUUGGUAAGGUUGCGUGCUUGGCUCGGUGCAAUGGUGCUAAAGUGCUAGCUUUUAGGACAAAUGAAAGCACAAUUGAUGAUUUUCGUAAGCACGUUAUAUCAUGUUCAUCUUCUGAAGACUGUCAUGUGAUCACUUCCUACCAUAGAGGAGUUUUUAAGCAGACUGGAACUGGUCAUUUCUCACCAAUUGGGGGUUAUCAUGCUGGAAAAGACAUGGUUCUCAUCUUGGAUGUUGCACGUUUUAAGUAUCCUCCUCACUGGGUUCCACUUACCCUAUUGUGGGAUGCCAUGAACACAAUUGAUGGUGCAACAGGACUAACUAGAGGAUACAUGAUUUUAUCAAAGCUAACUAGGGGACCGUCUAUUCUUUACACUCUGAGUUGUCAAGAUGACGGUUGGAAUGAUACUAUAAAAUACUUAACAGAAGAAGUUCCUUUACUUCUGAAAACUGAAAAUGUGAAAAGUGUAGAGGAAUUACUUUCUGAAGUAUUUAAAUUGCCACCUCAAAAUCUCAAGAACUUUAUCAAAUGGGUUGCAGAAGUUCGGGAGCAAGAGGAUGGGAAUGUAAAACUAAAUGCAGAGGAGAAAGGAAGACUGGCUGUCAAGGAGGAGAUAUUGGAACAACUACGAGCGACUGAACUCUUCAAACAUAUCAAACAGUGGUUGGCAUCUGGGACUCUAUGUGAAGGCUCCGAAUCUUUGUUUAACAAAGAUGAAUUAUCCGAAAUUGCUGCAACGGUUUGUUGUCAAGGGGCAGAAACUUUAGCUGCAAAAUCUUGCUCAGCUGAUCAACGUUUGUCCAAAACCGAUAUCCAUCUUUUGAAUGCUGAAAAUGAGAAGUCAGCAGUGGUGAUGUCAGGGACUGUUGUUACUAAUGCUAUCAAAGAAGGAGUAGAUAUGUUGGUACCUUUAUGUAAAACAGAAUCAAGUCAUAUUUCAGAUGAGUGUUGUUGUCAAUGGCCAUCUGUUAUUGAUGUUCUUACCAUAUUGUUGCUAUCACUGCCCCAACAUAUUUGGUUCAACCUUAAAGAUGAGAAGUUGUUGGCCGACAUUAAUAGGCUUGUUGGAGAAAACUACCUUCCGGCUUUGCUUCAGGAUGAGGUUCUGCACUUGAGAGAACAAAUGCACUUUCUUAUGACUGAUCUCAGCUCUUAAUCCUCCUCUUCUUCACACAACUUUCCAAUGGUAAGUUCAUAUUUCUUUUUGCGACAGUGUUGAGAAUUUAUAACCAUGGUAUAGUAUUUCACCAUAUAUACCCAAUUAAAUAAACUAAUUAGUUACUUUUAAAAGUUUUAAAUAUUGUAUUGAAGUUCAGUUUUAUUGUUAGUCUUUGUAUCUUGCCAAUAGACUCAUUUCUAAGAUUAUAUCAAUAAGAGAACUCUCUGAUUAUUUGAGAAAUUAUA